CACCUAAUAAACACGUGCUAUCAACAUCGAGGUCUCAAACCAGCCUCUAACAAGCGGUUUACACGUGUAGAUUAGACUCAAAUUUUUUAUAAAUAUUUAAUUAUUAUUUUAAGUUUGCAAAAUGACUGAUCAAGCAGUGUUUAAAAUGCAAGAAAAUCAUGUUGGACAGAUGAAUGGUGUAAGCGAAUCCGAAAGUGAUGAUGAAUGGGAAGAAAUGAACGAUGAAGAGCAAAUUAUUGAGUGCCUCUUCUGCAAAAAUGUUUAUAAUGGUUUUUUAGAUGCAUUGAAGCAUCUUGAGUCAUCUCAUAACUUCAACUUUUCUACUUUUAAGAAUAGAUAUGCCUUGGAUGUGUACUCUUACAUUAAAUUAAUAAAUUUUAUUAGAAAGAAAAAUAUCACAGCUGAAGAGUUGAAUGGAUUAAAUGUCAAGUUAUGGGACAAUGAUGAGUAUUUGUCACCUGUGAUACAAGAUGAUCCAUGGCUUAUGCUUGAUUUGGAUGACAUUGAAGACCCUAUAACUAAUUCUCAUGUUUACCCUACCAACUCUGAACAUGAAAGCGUCACAUUAUCCGAAAUACAUUUUGCUGAAUUACAAAGGACAAUUCAGUCAUUGAAAGCUCAAUUAGAGCAACGAGAUCUAGCGUGUCUCAUAGCAAAGCAGCAAAUUGAAGAAAUGACAAAGAAAGUUCAGAAACUAGUAUUUGAUGAAGAUGAUUCUUCUAAACCAAAAGAUAGAUGCGUUAAGAAAGUUUCUUCUAAUUCUGACCAGGGAUAUUUCAAUACUUAUAGUCAUUUUGCAAUUCAUCAUGAAAUGUUAACUGUAAUAGGCGAUAAGGUGCGAACAGAGAGCUAUCGUGAUGCACUUUUUACAAAUUCUCACAUAUUUAAUAAUUGCAUAAUGCUUGAUGUUGGUUGUGGAACUGGAAUCCUUUCAAUGUUUGCUGCAAAAUCAGGUUGUAAAAAAGUGAUAAGCGUUGAUCAAUCAGACAUUAUUUACCAUGCCAUGGAUAUUGUGAGAGAAAACAAUCUAACUAAUAUUAUAACUUUGAAGAAAGGAAGACUAGAAGAUAUUGAUUUAGAUAUCAAUAAGUUCGAUGCCAUUAUAUCCGAAUGGAUGGGAUAUUUUUUAUUAUUUGAGGGUAUGCUCGAUUCAGUUAUUUAUGCAAGGGACCAUUAUCUUGCACCAGGUGGUAAACUUUUGCCAAACAGAUGUACAAUCAGCCUUGUUGGUAGCGGAGAUACAAAACGUUAUAUUGACUUAGUUGAUUAUUGGUCCAAUGUAUACGGUUUCAAAAUGAGCUGUAUGAAAGCAGAGGUUGUGAGAGAGCCAAGUAUAGAAUUUGUCAAUGCACAAGAUUUAGUAACCAACGUUGCAGAGAUACAAUCGUUUGAUCUGUAUAAAGUAACUACAGAUUGUUGCAAUUUUUCUGUGCCAUUCAGCCUUACCGUAAAAAGAAGCGGUUCAUUGACAGCUAUCAUCGGUUAUUUCGAUGUAUUUUUUGAUUUGGAGAAUCCUGUACAUUUCAGUACAGGGCCACAUGCUACUCCAACUCAUUGGAAACAAACAGUUUUCUCGCUGAGCGAACCAAUUAGCAUUACAGAAGGUGAAGUUGUUAUCGGAAAAUUAAUAUGCCAAAGGCAUGUAAAGGAUGUCCGUGGAUUAAUCGUAACGAUAAAAAUUAAGGACUUGAACCAAGUUUAUUAUUUGGAUUGAAUUAAUCUGCACACAAGAGACUAUGUAUUAUUUGAUAAACACAACUUUUAAUUUUGGAUAUUUUUGUCAAUAUUUUAUUCAAGUAAAUUUGAGGGCCAUCCGAAUUUUGCUGAAUAUAUUCUGCAUAACAAAUAAAUCAGUUUCGCGCACACAAUUCCGUCAUACUAUUUAUCACUGCACAGUACAAUCUUAAAAUUUAACUGACUACGAAUAUCAAAGUCGAAUGUUAAAGACACAUGUGAGUACACCUUAAGCUUACAAAUUUUCAAUAUUUAAAAUGCAAUAUAUAGUUCGUAUAAAUAAUGAAUCUACUUAAAAAGAAAGAAAGAAACGAAAUAAGAGAAAAAAAACGACAAAAUUUUUAAAAUAAAAAAAUUAAAUUCUAAUAUCUCAUUUUGGAGAUAUUAUACAAUGCACUUUUCAGUGUUUGUUAAAAUAAAAUACUGCGUUGCAUAAUACGAUAGUUCCAAUCUUCCGAAUUUCGUGCCUUUAGAGCGUACGCUAAUUUUUGCCACAGAAUUGAAAAUAACAAAAAAAAUCGCGUAUUUACAGUACCUUGUAAGUUUUAAGGUUUAGUAAUAAGAACUAGUUUAAAAUCUUCGAUUUAAGAAUUUUAAACUUAAAAGAAGGUUGUCAAGCGAUAAAAAAAUGAAUAAGCAAAUGAAAGAUAGUAAAACGCUGCAACUACACUAACCGAUGAGGUAUGUUUCGCAUACUGCAUUUAACUACAUUAUAGCUCGAUAAACAUUUAUGCUAUUCGACUUAGCUUCAAGUAAUAGUUAGGUUUAUGAUAAACAACGUUUAGUGGGUUUUCAAAAUAUUAAUAUUUUGGAUCCAGUUUUUGGCUCUUGAUUGUUGAUAUUUUGGCUUUUGAUUGUUUCUACGAAAUAGUCAAAUCGACGACUUUAUGAAUAAUCAACAAUAGUCUACGUAUCUCCGUUGACAUGAAUAGUCGAUGGCAGAACUCCACGUUUAACAAAUUUAAAUUAAAUCUCGUAUAAUUCUGUGAUAUAUAACGAUAUAGAGUAACAACUUGAAAAAUUGCUUAAAGCGACAAGCUUGAACCGUAGGGUAACAGUAGACGAUUGAAAAAUUACCCAUGUUUGCGCUACGGGCUUUUACAAACCGAAUUAAUAACGCCAGAUAACAGGUACAUUAACGAAUUUACGAAAAGUCAACAUCUUAUCGCUUAUCAGGCU